AUGGACAUUUUUGAAUUUCGUGCCAAAAAAUUGCUCAACACCGAGGGUGUAUUUGAGUCCUAUAAAGAGGACGAGGGUGAUUUAAAUGGCCUAUUUACGAGGUUGAAGAAUGUCCUUGUUUCUGAAAACCAUACUAAAUGGGAUAUCGCCUAUUUAGAGUCCUAUAUGAAAUUAGGUAUGGUACCCAGAAGUCUUAGGUGGGAGGUACCUCCCCAGAAGGGCGACCUUGACUUCGAUGGGUGGUUUAAAUAUUUUAACACUGCAGGAAUUUCAUUUCUUAAAUUUUUGGUUGACAAAAAAAUCACUAAAUUAGGGAGUCUGGAUGAUGAGAUUAAGGCCCUUAAGAUCAAACUAGACCCCCUGAAAGAAAGUGAAGAAUAUAAAGAUAAAUCUGCCAAUCUUCUUAAUCUUUUAGAGAAAGAGGAUAGGGACCAAAAAAAUAAAAAGAAAAAGAAGUUCAACAGGGACUUGGAGGACUACCAAAAUGGUCUUGUCUUUAAUUGGCAGAAAAAACUCCUUGAAGAAAUGAACAAACAGGCCCCUUUAGAGAUGGAGGUUUCUAACCCUGUUCUGGGGGAGCAACCCGUCGCUAUUUCGGGACCUAGGAAAAAUCUCCAACAGCUAAAAGGUAGCUCAAACAGAGCGUCCCCAAGGAGAGUCAUAUAUAAUGGAGUGAGGAUGUCCCGGAGCUCAGACUCCCAAUGUAGACUCGAUGCCUCAAAGUUGAUGUUUGAGUAUGAGUAUUACCGAGAGGGAGACGUCGUUAUCGGAGGAUUGAUCUCUGCUCACUCCGGGGCCAGAUUAUACGACAAUCGUUCAUUAUCCUUUUUCUGUCAUGACUUUAAAAUUGGAGAGUAUAAAAGUAUCCUGGCAAUGAUCUUUGCUGUUGAUGAAAUUAACAAGGACCCCGAUCUUCUACCCAACGUUACUCUGGGUUAUCAUAUAUUUGAUACUUGUGGAUAUCCAGAGAGAACCUUGGGAUGUGUCCUGCAGAUAUUGUCUGGGAAAAAGCCUGAGGUUCCUAAUUAUUCCUGUAGGAGACACGGGGAAGUGGCCGGUUUUAUUGGUGACUCCAGUUUGCAUACAAGUCAAGCCAUGGCCCAGCUACUUAGUCUGUAUCGGUACACACAGAUUAAUUAUCAAGUCACUGACCCUCUCCUGAGCGACAGAAAAUUGUAUCCAACUCUAUACAGGAUGACAUCAAAUAAUCAGGUUUUUUAUGCUGCCAUCAUAAAAUGUUUGCAACAUUUCGGAUGGAACUUUGUCGGCUUGGUGGCACCGGGGGAUGGCAGUAGCGAUAAGGAGAUAGAAGAACUGAGUAAGAUGAUGAGCCGCCAUGGCAUCUGCAUUGAAUAUGUGACAAAACUUGCUAAUUACCAGGAUGAAAUGGCAAAGAAAAGGAAACAUGCUGAGAAACCAACAGCUAAGGUUGUAAUCAUAUUUGGCCUUUCAAUAAAUUUUCUUGUUUUAUUUUACGACCUGCAAAUUAUUAAAGAAAACAUUACUUUGGUUCUCCAAGAGUCCCCGGAUUCUAUAAGAUAUGGAUUAGAGUUCUACUUUUCAGCAGUAAACUGCAGCUUAAUUUUUCUAUGGCCCCAGAAAUUAAUCCCGGGGGUGAAUGCUUUCAUUAAUGGAGUCACUUCAUUUACCCGUCCAACUGACCCCAUACAGGAAGAGCUCUUGUUUUACAUAUUCAACUGUCUAAUGAGGCGCCCCAUCAACAAGGUUUUUUUUCGAGGAGUCCUCAAUGAUACUCCAGUGAACUGUACAGGAGAACUCAGUAUUUGGUCAACCUUUUCCAGAAUAGAGGACGGAAAAGCUUCCUUUGCCUACACAUCGGUGUAUGUUUUGGUUAACGCCCUGCAUAGCUUGAUGGAAGUUAAGUCUGGGAGUUUUGGAAUAAGUCAAGUACUGCACCACUUUGUGGGAAACAUUCAUUACACCGACGCAACCGGAGAAGAAAUCUUCUUUAACAACGGUGGGGAAGUCCAAUCCGGGGUGAUUUUAGCCAAUUGGAUCAUUCAUGAAACUGGAGAUGGUUACGAAUCUGCUUUCCAACCACUGGCCAGCUUUGAUGACGGCAAAGCCAUAGAUGGAAUAUUUAACAUAAACCCAGAAGACAUCGCCUGGAAGGGCGGCACGAUGCCGAUAUCCCGAUGUAAUGACAGAUGUCCUCCUGGAUACAGAAAAGCUCCCAAGGGGAGUGUCCAUGUCUGCUGCUAUGACUGUGUCCCAUGUUCCGAGGGGGCGGUGUCCAAUGUAACAGAUAGUGACGGCUGUUUUCAAUGUCCUGAUGAAGAGUGGCCUGACGACAGAAAAACGAAAUGUGUACCUAAAACAUAUGAUUUUCUGUCCUAUGAAAAUGAUGUGAUGGCUCUGAUAUUUUCAUUGACAGGCUUAACAUUCUCAGCCGUGACAUUAUUUGUAUUAGGAAACUUUAUUUAUCACCGGGACACUCCAAUUGUGAAAGCCAAUAACCGGACGGUGAGCUUCAUCCUCCUGACCGCCAUCUUGCUGAGCUUCCUCUGCGUCUUCUUCUUCCUCGGACGUCCUGUGGAUAUAACCUGCAUGCUGAGACAAAUGUCCUUUGGGAUCUUCUUCUCCAUCGCUGUGUCUUCUGUUCUGGCCAAGACUAUCAUUGUGUACAUUGCGUUCAAGGCCACCAAACCCGGCAGUACAUGGAAAAAAUUGGUCACUGUUGAAGUAUCUAAUUCUUUGGUCCUGACCUGCUCUUCUGUCCAAGUUCUGAUCUGUGUUGUUUGGUUGUCCAUCUCUCCACCAUUUCAGGAGUAUGACAUGGACUCCUAUCCUGGGAAGAUCAUCAUUCAGUGUAAUGAAGGGUCAGUUAUCGGCUUCUACUCUAUGUUGGGUUAUAUGGGGUUUCUGGCAGCUGUGAGUUUUUUUCUGGCUUUCAUGGUGAGGACAUUACCGGACAGUUUUAAUGAGGCCAAGUACAUCACCUUCAGCAUGCUGGUGUUCUGCAGUGUCUGGAUUGCCAUGAUCCCGGCCUAUCUGAGCACCAGAGGGAAAUACAUGGUGGCUGUGGAGAUAUUCGCCAUACUGACCUCCAGUGCUGGAUUGUUAGGAUGUAUAUUUUUCCCAAAAUGUUAUAUUAUAAUUUUCAAACCGGAGCUGAAUACCAGGAAAAAAACACCCCGCAGAAAAUGAUUAUCAGAACACAAUACUCAAAAGUGAAAUCAUAAAUAUCU